CACGUGACCACGUUGUGUGUGUAUCACGUGAGCACUUUGUGUGACGUAGCAGCGGCUGCCUUUAUUUUAUUUUUAAAACGAAGCUGACGCUAAGAGGCUGCCACCAGAACGAAAAGCGCCGAGGCAAAGUUUCUCGUGAGAGGAGGAUGAGGAGGAAGCAAUGGGGCAGGCGAACUGCAUCUGCUCUCGAGGAAUCUUCUCCAUCGACGACAAACGCUACUUCUUCAUUGAGCAGCUUGGCGAAGGCGGCUUCAGCUACGUGGACCUGGUGGAGGGGGCUCACAACGGCCGCUUCUACGCGCUAAAGCGCAUCGUGUGCCACGAUAAGGACGACCACAAGGGGGCGCUCAGGGAGGUGGAGAUGCACCGCGCCUUCCGCCACCCCAACGUCCUCCCGCUGGAGGGCAGCCGCGUGGUGGAGCGGGGCCCCAAGUGCGAGGUCUGGCUGCUGCUGCCCUAUUACCAGAGAGGCACACUGUGGGACGAGCUGGAAAAACUCCGCAACAAGCACAGCUUCAUGACGGAGGAGAGGAUCGUCGACAUCUUCCGUGGCAUCUGCAGCGGCCUCAAGGACAUUCAUGACAAGGGCUUUGCGCACAGAGACCUGAAACCCACAAACGUCCUUCUUUCCGACGAGGACGUCCCCGUCCUCAUGGACCUCGGCUCCAUGGAGAAGGCUCGCAUCGAGAUAAAGAACUCGCGGGAGGCGAUGGCACUGCAGGAUCGGGCUGCAGAGCGCUGCACCAUAUCGUACCGUGCCCCAGAGCUGUUCACCGUUCCGAGCCACUGCAUCAUUGACGCACGGACAGACAUCUGGUCCCUGGGCUGCGUGCUCUUCGCCAUGAUGUUCCUGGAGGGCCCGUUUGACGGCGUGUUCCAGCGCGGCGACAGCGUCGCUCUCGCGGUGCAGAGCAGCGUCAACAUCCCGUCUAGCAGCAGGUAUUCACAACCUCUGCGCACACUGCUAACCUCGCUUAUGGACGUGGACCCCUCGGAGAGGCCCACGGCCGACGGCGCCCUGGAGCAAGCGAACGAGCUGCGUGGCGCCUUCUCUUCCACGCACAACACGGCCGUCUGAGUUUCAGGGGGGCCGGCCCCCCCCCCUUCGCAAACCGGCCGCCGCUCCCAAAGUGGCUUUCCGGGGACAGUUUCAGGAGGCCGAGCUUGCGUUGACAAAGAGCGCAAGCCAGCCGUCGCGUCUUCCCACGGCUUCAGAGCACCGCAACGAGGCGUUGUCAUCGGUGGUGUUGUUGUUGUUCAGGCUCCUCGCUCAGAACAUUUUAACUCGUUCAACGCAUUCCACACGACGACGACAACAAACCUCUCUUCGUUACUCGGUGACGUCGGCGCAGCGCUUGUGUCAGGCGAGGUGCGUUUUGAGGCCGUGCGAAGUGGCGAAGGUUGGCUGGAGCGCUCUUAUGUGCUAUGCUGGUUAUAUAGCAUUCCACGCACAAACACAACAACUUUCCGUCACUUGCCAGUGAUUGGUGGUGACCACACCAUGGUACCUCCUUGUGUGAACGCUAGGUGCAUGUGCACGACCCGUGAAGUUACAAAGGUUAUACACACAAAUGCACGUACAUUUGUACAGAGUCAAAAGCAGAGGUAUCACCGACGGCUUAAAUGGACUUUUGGAGCAAUUGCUCUCAUCGAACACCUGCUAAGGGCCGGGACAUCACCCCGAGCUGAUGGGUGGUUAGGUCAGUACGAUCAGUGUGUCUGCAGCGCUAACUGUAGACACACUGCACCAGGUAUGCAUUUUACACUGAGUCAACCCAGGUGGGGGACCACGUCCAGUUUUCCAAACCGGUUCUGUCACUGGCUGCGUGUGUGCGCGCGCGAGCGAGGCCAGGAGUCGAAGCCAGUGCCCGCUUGAGAUUGUUAGUGCCGUGUGAUCACGGCUUUGUCACCGUUUCCCCUGAAACGCACACAUGCUCUCGCGUGCUUGUGCAUCGAAGCUGCUAAGGGGAGGAGCAUUCGUGUCAGAGGUUGCAAACGGGUUUUGAUUCCUUACCCGUACCCGGCCGCACCAGGGUCGCAAACGGGUACCCUACCCGAUACCCGGCUACCCGUACCCGGCCGGGUAUCGGGUAGGGUACGGGUACCCGAUUGCGACCUCUGGGAUGUAGCCAUGUUGCAGGCGUGGGUGGGUUGAUUCUAGGAACUUGAAUUGUGAGAAGAGACAAGACGUUGGGAAAUGAGUGACAAAGGGUUACUCACCAGUGACUCACGGCCUACCAGUACCCGUACCCAGUCGCACCAGGGUCGCAAACGAGUACCUGUACCCGGCCGGGUACGGGUAUCGGGUAGGGUACGGGUAUCGGGUACCCAAUUGCGACCUCUGAUUCGUGUUCAGUCGGGCGCAACGCCUGGACCUUGGCUGCUACUGCCCUGCCCAGAUGAACGUAGAAAGGGGGCGAAUUACAAGUAUGCUUCUUUUUGUUCGUUUGACUCUUGCCUGUAUUAUCAUUAGUAUAUAUCAGACAUGGUUGUUACUCUACUGGUGGAUGAAGACCUCCCCAAGUUGCGAUGGGGCCGAUUAAUUUGGGGGGGGUGGGGGGAGUUCAAUUGUUUGUGGGUAACGAAUAAGAGGACGAAAACUUGAAAUUGCACAUUAUCUAAAUAUCGCGACAGUACCGUCAUGCAAUGUCACACAUUUAACUAAACUUCUGAGCUUCAUUUAUAACAUCUGUAGUUUAAACAGGUUCUUACACAUGCCUUUCUGCACAUUGGUAAAUAUGUUUCGGGAGUUCCCCCCCACCCCAGCAAUGCCGAAUGCAUUAGCAGCAUCACCUCUCUGGGAUUGUCAAAGGAGCAAACCAAAGGAGGGUUUAAUAGGGGGGGGGGUGGAGGGGGGGGUGUCUUUUUAGUGACUGAUCCUAGCGAAACUCGGCACAUCUUGAGUUUAACGCAACCAGCUGGCCGCAUUCACUUGCUCCGUUUGAUUACCAUCCUAUGGGGCAUUUAUCCCCGGCAUCUUCACGUGCAACGUUCAAUACAGGGACUCCUCAACUUACCGACUUUCGACUUACGACCUUUAAGAGAUACGAACAAACCUAGUUGCCUGUUUGGACCGAGAUCCAUAAGUUCAACCAGCGUGCAAUAGAUGCCGGUGGUGGCAUCUACACAUGCAGACGAUGAAGAACCAGUGGCAUCUACAGGAGAUCAUACAGCGUUUAAAGCCAUUGCCCGUGUUUAGUGGACACGCCGUACAACACGUUUGUAAUCGACAGGAGUAAAGUUGGACUUACGAACAAAUUGACUUACGAACAGAGGUCUUGAACGUAACUUGUCCGUAAGGAGAGGAGUCCCUGUGCCAAGGUUUUUGAAGAGUUUAGUCCUCUUGUAUAUGUGCGUACUUAUUUUUACGCGUAUUUAUGCAAAAUAUCGCAUUCUUGUCCACGUGUCAGAAGUGUUCGAGUGGUAUUGAUAUCAUGGCCGUGUUGUGGACAUUGGACACCGUACCUUAAGAGUGGCAUCCAAGAUGGUAACGUGCAGCGUUGGAUACCAGGUAUUGAACAUGUCUGGUCUUUACACAUCCACCCUUUUGUUGAAGAAAAAUAGCAUUAAUUUCCACACGUGUACUGGUAACGUGAUGCAGUGUCGAGUGGUGUUAAUAUUAUUGAGUGCAAAGACUCCUUGUAUAGUGAUUCCCAGUGUUUACAGGAUCAAUAGAUCGACUUUUUGCGUACGUCUACUGUGUUUGUGCAAGGCCACACUGACCUGCUUAGUGUAGCUGGUAAGUAGACUAUUGUGUAAGGGGCCAUCCAUUUAGUACGUACGCUAAUAUCUGACAACUUGACCCGCCCCCUCCCCCGAAUCCUAUAGAACGGCCGAUAUUUAAUCAACGCAGAAACGAUCAAGGAUUAAUUAUAUUAACGUGUUUCAGCAAACAGACAGUCCACCGCCAGCUGCAUUAAAGAAUUAAGUUGUGUACCUUGGCCACUUAUUUUGCUGAGCUGCAUGAUAGCUGCUGUCAGGGUUACGGUGGCACACGAGUGACACCUCUCCCACAGUCCCACCUCUCCCGGUAGUGAUUGUCUGACAGCUGAAGAAACUGAACUGUGGCUCAUUUGAAGGCCGAUGUAGACAUCGAGGUUUCACCCCCCCCUCCCCCGUUUCCUAUGCGUACGGACAUUGUCAGUAGACCCCACAUACGCAAGCGUACGCAUUUUAGUUAACCCCCUUCCCCCUCCAUGCGUACGUACUAAAUGGAUGGCCUCUAAGUAGACGAUUCUGCGUUGGUGUAGGUGUACUGCUGCUGUUAAUGGUCUCUCUUUGCUGUGUGCCUUUUUUGGGGGGGUUUGUCUUUGUUAAUGUAUGUCCUUUCCCCCCACCCCGCAUGAUGCAUUCCACUGCAACUUUAAUUUGUGGCGGGGAGGGGGCAAGGGGGCGAGGGGGUUCAGUCUGAAAUGGCAACUGAAAGUCGGAACGAUUUUCAGAUGCACCGUACAAGAGGUUAUUCUAAAUAAACUUCACUGUUUUCACCCCAAAAAAAAAAACAAAGUCUAGAGCAGUGGUUCUUAAACUUUGACUGCAGCCUUGCACCCCUUUGGUUCUCAAUCGUAAACAAAAAAUACGUAAGUUUGAUAAAAACAAAGUGGUU